CCCCGCCUGGCCCUGCGCCUCCCCGCCCCCUGGGCGCCUCCAUCUUCCUCCUCCUCCUCCUUCUCCUCCGCCUCGUCGUCGGCGUCCCCUCCGCCAUCGCCGCAGGGCGGCCUGUCCCGCCGCCGGGGGCGCUGUGAGGCCCGGCCUGAGGAAGCCCCCCAAAGCGCGACGGCCCCCCGACCCCCAGCCGCCAUGGCUGUGAAAGACCCCACAGCUGUGGAGAGAGCCAACCUGUUGAACAUGGCAAAACUGAGUAUCAAAGGACUGAUCGAAUCAGCUCUGAGUUUUGGCCGCACCUUAGAUUCGGAUUACCCGCCUUUGCAGCAGUUCUUCGUCGUCAUGGAGCAUUGCCUGAAACACGGUCUGAAAGUAAGAAAAUCUUUUUUGAGUUACAACAAAACAAUCUGGGGGCCCCUAGAGCUGGUGGAGAAGCUCUAUCCAGAAGCAGAGGAGAUAGCGGCCAGUGUCAGGGAUUUGCCUGGCCUUAAGACACCAUUGGGUCGGGCCAGAGCGUGGUUACGGUUGGCACUCAUGCAAAAGAAGAUGGCUGAUUACCUGCGCUGCUUAAUUAUCCAAAGAGACUUACUGAGUGAAUUCUAUGAGUAUCAUGCCCUCAUGAUGGAGGAGGAAGGAGCGGUGAUUGUUGGGUUAUUGGUGGGCCUGAAUGUGAUAGACGCUAACCUGUGUGUGAAGGGAGAAGAUUUGGAUUCACAGGUUGGGGUGAUCGAUUUCUCUUUGUACCUAAAAAAUGAAGAGGACAUUGGAAAUAAAGAGAGAAAUGUCCAGAUUGCUGCCAUUUUAGAUCAAAAGAAUUAUGUUGAAGAACUAAACAGACAACUAAACAGCACAGUCAGCAGCCUUCACGCAAGAGUUGAUUCAUUAGAAAAAUCAAACACUAAACUGAUCGAAGAGUUAGCAAUAGCCAAGAACAAUAUCAUUAAAUUGCAAGAGGAAAAUCAUCAAUUAAGAAGUGAAAAUAAACUCAUUUUAAUGAAAACACAGCAGCACCUGGAGGUUACAAAAGUGGAUGUGGAAGCUGAGGUGCAGACAUAUAAACAAUCCCGCCAGGGCCUGGACGAAAUGUACAAUGACGCGCGUAGACAGCUCCGAGAAGAAUCUCAGCUUCGACAGGAUGUGGAGAACGAAUUAAUGGUGCAAGUUAGUAUGAAGCAUGAGAUAGAACUCGCCAUGAAGUUGCUGGAAAAAGACAUCCAUGAGAAACAAGAUACCCUUAUAGGCCUUCGACAGCAGUUGGAAGAAGUUAAAGCUAUUAAUAUAGAAAUGUACCAGAAGCUACAGGGUUCUGAAGAUGGCCUGAAAGAAAAGAAUGAAAUAAUUGGCCGACUGGAAGAUAAAACCAAUCAAAUUACUGCUGCUAUGAAACAACUGGAACAAAGUGACAAAGAUUUGUUAACUCAAACCAGGACGAUUGCAAUGUCGUUUGUGAAAUGUGCCACCAGCGACACACAACACCAAUACAAGCUGGUCAAAGAUAUAUCUUUCUGAAACCCACUUCAUAAUUGUUGCAGUUAAAUAGUUUCAAAGAGCCAACGUUUGUAUAAUUUGUUAAAUAGUAAAAUAAGGUAUUAAAUAUUUAAAAAGAGUAUUAGGAAACCCUGGGCUCCUCGUGCUGUUCAAUGGCUUGGGAGGACUUUGGCUCCCAAAAUCCAUCACCCAAACCUCAAUGCACCAAGAGUGAUUUUGAGUUUUGAUCCAUUGAGCCGGUCAGGAUUUUCUAAUGCAGUUUUAUCUCUUUUGCUACUUUAAAAAUGUAAACUCUAUUAUAAUUAUUUUAAAAUUCACUUUAUUUCACAUUUGGCUGACAGUUCUUUUUCCAGCAACCGUCUUUUUUUUCCUCCCUCUGCAACUCCUCCACUGAUUUUGACCAUAUGGCAUUUUAGAAACACUUUCUAAGAUACAGAUCGUGCCCUCUGGCCUUGGCUUUACCUUUCCAGUUGCACCCAGACCUCUUCCAGAUAGCACAGUACGGAUGAAGAAAAGGCCAACUCUUUCUCGCUCUCUCCCUCCCUUUCUUCCCCAUUUCCCCCUUUUGCCCCCCAUUCUUUAAAGGAAAGGCAUGGGGGAUUGACAAUAGAGCUUUGUUAGACUUUUUUGACCUCAGAGGGGUGGAUGGGCAGUAACUCUUCCCUUUUCUACCCUCUUAGAAUGGGGGAUUCCUACUGAAAGUGGUGUUGAGAAGUGCCUAGCGGGAUAGUUCUGCUGAGGACGAGGGGAACCAUUUUGACAGACAAAAAGUAAAAUUGGAGAAAUAUUAUUUGGUGGUGGGAGCACAAUAGAGUACGAUACUAACUAGCGGAUGAAUUCUUUUAAAAACGCAUAUAUGUAUUACAGUAGUACGGGGGAGAUUCAAUAAGUGCAGUAAACCCCUUUAGAAAGUACCAUGCUGCUGCUUGGGUGGUUACCGUUCUCUGUCAUUGGCCUCAAUGCAAGGCGCACACAUUCUAGCACAAACACAAGGCCAACGUGGCUUAUUUGCUUAAUUAGUGUAGCUGCUGUACCUCUCCCUGUUCUGUAAAAAGACAGUAACUCUAACUCACGUAACGCCCUCACACUUAGACCGUUAAAGUCCGUGUAAGCGAUAAAACUUGUAGUACUUGGCAUUGAUGGCAUCUGUUAAUAAUUAACAACAAAUAAAAACAAAUUGGAAGAC